UUUUGUCCUUGUCUUUGGUUCAAAUUAAGUUCGUUGACCCCCAAUCACAUUGCCAUUAGCAUUCCCAUCCCUCAUCUUCGAUCCUCUAAUUUUAGUGCAGAGGCAACUUGAUCCAUCAUCGGGACUUCUCAUUAAUGGAUGAAAACUGCUUUAAAGCAUUGGAUCAAAGGGAUCAACUGCCGGAAGUGUCAGUUGGGACUCACCCAUGGAACUAUGCAGCUAUAAUCCAAUACGCGGAUCCGCCAGCUCUGCCUGCAGAUAACACGUCAGAACCAACGAAAGAGCUAGAGGUGGACGAGGCUCUUGGAAAGGGGAUAAUGAUACGCAAUAAGAAACAGAUGUACAAGGUUGCCUCAGGCAAGAACUGGUUCACAAUUUUCCCCAGAGGUCUCACAAUUACUUCAUUUCACGAACCUUUGCACUGGUACCACAAGACAUUGACGGACAAAGAUGGGAGGAUCCAAAUUACAAUAGGAAAACUGCGAAAUAUUUGUUGGCUCGACGUCUCUGGGAAGUUCCAAACCGUGACACUCUCGCAGGGCAUCAAAUAUGAAAUCGUACUUCAUGUUAAGUCAGUGGAUGCUGAAAUAGUUAAAUUCGAUGCCCCAGUGUCUUUCAAGAUUACACUCCCAGAUGGAUGCAAGGUGGACGGUGAAAGGAAUUUCAAGGAACUGCUCAAGGGAGGAUCAUGGAAGGAUAUCUCGCUGCAUGAAUUUAUGAUGACAACUGAGAAUGUAGGGGAACUGCAGUUCUGCAUUUACGAGCAUGGCGGGACAUGGAAGAGUGAGAUUGAGCUCGGUGGUAUUUCCUUCAAGCCCAAAACUACAAUCACCCCUCGGCCUUCUAAUCGACAACAACAAAAUGUGGAUGCACAACAACAACAACAAAAUGUAGAUACACAACAACAAUAACAAAAUCUAGAUGCACAACAACAACAACAACAACAUGCUACUCAGCCUUCUUUCGAGGAUCUACCUGCUCAACAUACCGCUCAGCCUUCUUCUGAGGAUCCACCUGCUCAACAUGCUGCUCAGCCUUCUUCUGAAUAUCCACCUGCUCAUGGUGUGCCUUUGUUAGAGGCAUUUUAUGAUUAGAAAAGCCAAUAAUAUGAUAUCUCGAUAUUAAGGUAGUUCAUAUUCGAGGGAUAUUCAUUUUAUGAUUUAGGUAGUUAAUAUUUACGUUUUAAUUUAGUUUCGUAGCUGUUUCUAUUUUUAUGAAUUAACUUAGAUCGAUCUCUUGGAUGGA